AACGGGUUGGGCAGUCGAAGUUGAGAUCUAUCCUGGGAUAUUUUGUCAUCUUACUUCGGCAUAUAUAAUAUCUCGGAAAAAGAACUUUAUUGUCGAUCAAAAGGGGGUUUUAAGGAUAAUAUUUAGCCAUCUCUAUGUUUUGUAGAGUCAAAUCUACAACUUUUCCUGACCGUCCCCUGGAUACAAGUACAACUAGUUAGCUAUUAAAUUUGGAUACAAAAUCAUCUGUAUUAUUGGGAAAUUCCGUUUCUAAGAUGAUAUUUGCAAAUACUGGCAACCCACUGAGGACUACUCAUCGUAAACAGCCCCCUGUUGGCCCCACCUCCCACCCCAUGGCUCCACCCAGUCCUGGCACCCACAGCAACACCAACAAUAGCAGCAGUAGCAGCAGCAGCACUGCAGGCUGGGAACAACUCAGCAAGACCAAUCUGUACAUCCGCGGGUUACCCCCAGCAACCACCGACCAUGACCUGGUCAAGCUCUGCCAGCCGUAUGGCAAGAUAGUAUCAACAAAAGCCAUCCUGGACAAGACUACAAAUAAAUGCAAAGGUUACGGCUUUGUGGACUUUGAUAGCCCUGCUGCAGCUCAGAAGGCUGUCACCGCUCUGAAGACAAGCGGGGUCCAGGCUCAGAUGGCAAAGCAACAAGAACAGGACCCAACCAACCUGUACAUCUCAAACCUGCCCCUCUCCAUGGAUGAGGGGGAGCUGGAGGGCAUGCUGAAACCCUUCGGGCAGGUCAUUUCCACCCGUAUCCUCAGAGACGCCAACGGAGCCAGCCGGGGGGUCGGAUUCGCAAGGAUGGAGUCGACAGAGAAAUGUGACGCGGUGAUUUCUCACUUCAACGGCAAGUUUAUUAAGACACCACCAGGAGUAAUGGGCCCCUCAGAGCCAUUACUGUGUAAAUUUGCAGAUGGAGGGCAGAAAAAACGACAGAGCCAAAAUAAAUACGUACAGAAUGGACGUGCGUGGGCUCGAGAUGGCGAAGCUAGACUUGCCGGGAUGACACUCACAUAUGACCCCACCUCAGCUGCUAUGCAAAACGGAUUCUACCCUUCUCCUUACAGUAUUGCAAACAGAAUGAUUGCACAGACGCCCAUGUCUCCGUAUAUCUCACCUGUGUCUACAUACCCGGUACAGAAUCCAUCCUGGGUCACCCAUCAACCCUACAUUAUGCAACAUCCUGGAACAGUCAUAUCGCCCUCUAUGGAUCAUUCUAUGUCACUGCAGCCAGCAUCCAUGAUGAGUCCUCUAACCCAACAGAUGAGUCAUUUGUCCCUGGGGAGCACAGGAGCGUUCAUGCCUGCUGCUAACACACCUAUGCAAGGAGCAUACGUCCCUCAGUACGCCCACAUGCAGACCACACCAGUCGCAGUAGAGGAAAGCGGGCCUCCACAGGUAGAGUCGUCUGGAGACCAUUCUCCUUACUCCUACCAGCAAACCAAGUAACCCUGAGGUGUUUCAAACACUCAGGAAGCAGAGUUCGCUGAAACAAUCAUGGCUUCCCCUGAUGAAUCAUGGAUGGAUCCCUUAAUGGAUCACCAUUUUGCACAGGUUCUACAAUGAUUUUCCUUGAAAGUUCUAGAAUGAUUUGAUGCUCUACCAUGAUUUUUUCCUCUAAAAUUCUAGAAGUACUUGAGGCUCUACAAUGAAUUUUUGCCCCUCAGGACUUCUAGAAUUUAUUCAAAGGUUUGGAAUUCAUUCUUUCACAAUGAAACAACCUAAACUUUGUUAGUUUUAAGUUCCACGAGGUCAAAUGAAUGGUUGAUUUAAUCAAAGGAUUCUAUCUAUAAAACAAACAGAAAAUACAAGAAAAAUAAUUAUUUUAAAAGAAAGAAUGUUUAUUUUUUACCAAGAAUUGUCACAUAGAUGCAAGAACUCAAAAGAGAUCAUGUGACUUAAUGUUCAAGGUGCAUGAUGGUAAAUAUGUGUUUUGUUA